GUCUCAAAGUACACACGAAAGGCCAUCACUGCUUUGAAGUCUUUGACGGCAUUUUGAGUUUGACAGUGUUGGAUAUCAGUGGCUAUUCCAGGGACAGUCUCUGCAAUACAACAGCAGAUGGAUUUGGAGGCAAAAAAGGCAAGCUCAUCUGACAGUUGAAAGAACGUACCAAACGUUUACUGGGAACUACUUGAGGAUAUGGAAAUGCCUGGUUUCACGUCAAAAUGUCUUCCUCAAAAUGCUGCUCAACCGUCACGACCUGAUGGGCCAAGGUACAACACCAACCCUCAGGCAGUAAGCAGCCAGCGCAGGGACUAUAAUGGCUUUGUUCCUAUACAAAACAGUUAUAUGCAGCCAACUCCGGUGAUGGCUGCUCCCAGCAUGCACUUUGUACCAAUGACUCACCAGAAUCUCCAGCCGCUUCCCCAGACUAUUGAGACACUUUCCCAUAUACAUGGCCAGACCAAUUUUGUACCAGAGGUGCUGCUCCCUAAUGGGAUGAAUAUGCGUCCUGUCGGAUUACUGAAUGGUGAGCUUUUAUACAAAGUUACAGCUCCUCCUAACAUUGCUGCUCCCCUUCCUGCCAACAUUCCCAAGAUAAAGAAGAAAACUAAAAAAGCGGAGGACCAAGUUACAGAGCAAACAUAUGUUAAGAAGCCUCUAAAUGCCUUCAUGUUGUUCUCGAAGGAACAUAGACAAGCAGUCAAGGCCAAGUCGGCCUCAACGAAUAUAGCUGUUAUAAACGAGACUUUAGGAAAGAUGUGGCAUUUGCUUCCCGAUAAAGAGAAGGCCAAGUACUAUGGGCAAGCUGAGGAAGAGAGAAGACUUCACGCUCAACAGCAUCCGGACUGGUCCUGUCGCCACAACUAUGGAAAAAAGAGAUACAAUAAAAGAAUCAGGGACUAAGAUGCUGGCUCCUGAAGUGGAGAAAAACAAAAAACGUGGACCGUGUUGAACUGGCCUCGUUACGGACGUCAUCAAGCACACGCGCGUCUGUCACAGCCAAUCCGGAAAAUGUACAAAUAUUGAUCAUUUGCAACCAUACAUAGACCAUUAUUGUAUCCAUCAGAAUAGGUGACAAAUGUUUUGUGUUGUAAUGCAAUGAGUAAAACGCAAUGAAUAGCUUCAUAAAGAAGAUGACUUUAGGGCCAUGUUUGUAUUUAUUAACCAUGAUUACGUGAGACUGAGCUACUUGUGCAGGAAGUAGCUCAUCAAUUUAUAGGAACUAUUUAUUAACUGGCGAAU